AUCGGCUCCAGCGCCUAAGUCCUUCCGUUUCGAGUUGACGAGUCGGGUCCCGGAUUCCGAAACGUUGCAUCCAUGGCGUCCGUGGACGUCUUCGAUGUUGAAACCAAAGAGGUCAGCUGGAACACCCGCAAGGGCCACAGACACCUGCUGUUGGGAAGUGGCAAGGGUCGUUCCAGCUUCUCUCAUUCGGUCAGCUCCAAGUGGUUGCGACGACAGCAGCCUCGGCCCGAAACGCUGACCAUGGAGCUUCAAGGCUCUUCUGAGAGCAAAGGAAGAAAGCAGGCGAUGCCUCGGCGAUAUGCAGAGGAAUCCGAGCACUGCAUGGUGAAGAGCGCACGAGAAGCUCUGGAGUGGCAGAGCCACGAGAGUUGCGAACUUUGGUGGUGGCACUUCGGAGAUGAUUCCGACGAUGAUGAUGAUGAUGAUUUGGACGUUGAGAUUGCCUGGAAGAGGCAGUUCACCGCUGGAAGCAGCGCUUCCACGGCCUCCUCUUCGGCCUCGGCGAACGCGUCGAACGCGUCGAAAGCGGCGCGCUGGGAGAAAGCCCAGGCGUUGGCGGAGGACGUGGCGCAGAAGUUGAGGAUGACUAUGCCGUGCGUGCUCCCAAGCGCCCCAAGCGUCGAGAAGGAACCGGAGAUUCCAGAGGUGGAAGAGUACGAGGAGGUUGAAGGGCCGAUUUCCCAUGCGUCGCGUUUUGAGGUGCGGCCCGUGGGUGCUGGUGCUCCCCCUGCGAAUCUGCUUGACCUUCAUGAUGAGGUCUUGAAAUCUGCUGGGCGCGCCACGAGCCAAGCGAAGAAAUGGCGCAACCGUCGCUACAAGAUCAAUCAGCCUGCUUUGUAUCCCUGCGAGGAAUUUGUGAGCCCAAAGUCCGAGGAGUAUGACGUUGUGACGAGGUACUUCGAAGCCACACUGGGCCAGCGCUGCAGCAUCCAAUCGCUCACGCGGCUGCCCGCGCCACAAGAAGCCGCUUCUCGAAGAGCUUUCCGCACGGACGGGGACCACACGGUGAUGUUCCACGGAUGCCGAAGCGAAGUGAACGAACGGAAUAUUGUGACCAAUGGCUUCCGCGUCUCUUCCUGCCUCAGUGGGGGGCGUAACUUUGGCACAUGGUUUGCCUAUAAGGCAGAUUACAGCAACAUUGGGUACGCUUUUGAUGACAGGAAGGGAUGGCGACACAUCUUCAUUUGUGUGGUGUCCUACUACCACACCGUCUUGGACAACGGCACCAUGAGAGUGGUGGGGCAAGGCUGUGCCUAUCCUCAAUGGUUGCUACGAUACAAGCUGCAGCCUUUGCCAUGUCCAACACCUGCAGCAGCACCCGCAGCGGCCCCGGUGCGUCCACCUGCUCCGGGUACAACCUUCGGCCUUGAGGCUGCUGUGACCAGGGGAAACGAGCGCACUUGGUAUGUGGUCCGCAACGGCAAGUGGGAACUUGAAAAAACCUGACAGUCGGACCGGUCGAGAAACUGAAGGAAUUUGAGAUCAGCAAUCUGAUCCAGCAGUUGUACAGAUUUUGAGAUGCUUCUAAUCUGCUGAAUUUUGGUGGAUUAAAACUUUGCCGCAGCGAAAGGGCACCAUGUACAGCUGUGCAGCUUCAAGUCCCUGCGCUGAAGGCCUGUUGUCAUGACAUGAUUUCCGGAAAAAGAACA